AAAAAAAAAGCAACUCUCUUCUUCCUCCGGUCGCUCGGUCUCCGCUGCUGCGCCCUCCGCCCGCCGCCGCGUACCGGUGCAGCAAUCCCCAAUUCCGCCGCCGUUGAAGGGUGAGUCUGCGGGGGUCCGUCGUCCGACUGUUCUUGGAACCGCGACUAACACGAACGGUGGUUCUGCCCCUGAACUUCCCGCCAGGUCUCCACGGCUUCUUCCAGGCGGGUGGAGGUGGCUGUAGGAGGUGAAGUGAGAUAUUGAUUGGACAAAGUACUCGGGCUCUAGUUGGAACCAGCACAGGGCAAUGGAACACGAUCUCGACAUGCUCCGAAUACUUGUGGCCACCGAUUGCCAUCUAGGCUACAUGGAGAAGGACGAGAUACGAAGGUUUGAUUCGUUUGAGGCUUUUGAGGAGAUAUGCUCAUUAGCGGAGCAGAAUAAGGUAGACUUUGUGCUUCUUGGCGGUGACCUAUUCCAUGAGAACAAGCCUUCGCGAUCAACCUUGGUGAAGACUAUUGAGAUUCUACGCCGCUUCUGCUUAAAUGACCAGCCAGUGAAGUUCCAGGUUGUCAGUGAUCAGACAAUCAACUUCCCAAACAGAUUUGGCCAAGUAAACUAUGAAGACCCCAAUUUUAAUGUUGGCUUGCCUGUGUUCACUAUCCAUGGAAAUCAUGAUGAUCCUGCUGGGGUGGAUAACCUCUCUGCUAUUGAUAUCCUUUCGGCCUGCAACCUUGUAAAUUAUUUCGGGAAGAUGGACCUUGGUGGCUCUGGUGUUGGUCAAAUAGCAGUUCAUCCAGUACUCGUAAAAAAGGGUACUACUACAGUUGCACUAUAUGGUCUUGGGAACAUUAGAGAUGAACGACUGAACAGAAUGUUUCAGACACCUCAUUCAGUACAGUGGAUGCGACCUGAAACUCAAGAUGGUAUGUCAGUAUCCGACUGGUUCAAUAUCCUGGUUCUUCAUCAGAACAGGAUAAAGACAAACCCAAAAAGUGCUAUCAAUGAGCAUUUCUUACCACGGUUUCUGGAUUUCGUGGUAUGGGGCCAUGAGCAUGAAUGUCUUAUUGACCCUCAGGAGGUCCCUGGGAUGGGUUUUCACAUCACUCAGCCAGGCUCAUCAGUUGCCACCUCCCUGAUUGAUGGUGAAGCAAAACCAAAGCAUGUUCUUUUGUUAGAAAUCAAGGGAAACCAGUAUAGGCCAAACAAAAUACCUUUGAGGUCUGUUAGACCUUUUGAGUAUGCUGAGGUUGUGUUGAAAGAUGAAGCAGAUGUUGACCCUAACGACCAGGACUCUGUUCUUGAACAUUUGGAUAAAAUUGUAAGAAAUCUGAUUGAGAAGAGUAGUCAACCAACAGCCAGUAGACCAGUGCCCAAACUUCCAUUAAUUCGAAUCAAGGUAGAUUACUCUGGGUUUUCAACAAUAAACCCGCAACGAUUUGGCCAGAAGUAUGUUGGCAAGGUUGCAAACCCCCAAGAUAUUCUCAUUUUCUCAAAAGCAGCAAAGAAGCGCCAGACUACAGGAGGAGAAAAUGUUGAUGACUCUGAGAAACUGCGCCCUGAGGAACUAAACCAACAAACUAUUGAAGCAUUGGUUGCCGAAAAUAACUUGAAAAUGGAGAUUCUUCCAGUUGAUGACUUGGAUAUUGCAUUGCAUGACUUUGUCAGCAAGGAUGACAAGACGGCAUUCUAUGCCUGUUUGCAGAGAAAUCUUGACGAAACCAGAAAGAAACUGAAUUCUGAAGCAGAGAAAUUUAAAAUCGAGGAAGAAGAUAUAAUAGUCAAAGUUGGCGAGUGCAUGCAGGAACGCGUAAAGGAAAUAUCCCUCCGCUCCAAGGGUGACACGCGGUUCACAUCAGGCUCUCAAAAUUUGGAUACUGGAGGCAAAUCUGUAACAGCUCAAAGUAGCCUCAACACUUUUAGUGAUGACGAGGACACCAGGGAGAUGCUUCUUGGUACCAGAUCAACUAACGUUGGAAGGAAAACAUCUGGAUUUACUAGACCAUCUAAAGAUGCUACUGGUGAUGCUAAAGCUGGAGGGUCCAGAAGAGGCAGGGGAAGAGGCACCAGCUCUUUGAAGCAGACCACUCUUAGUUUCAGCCAAUCAAGGGCAUCUGCUGCUAUCCGCAGUGAGGAUGUGGACUCAUCCUCAAACGAGGAAGCGGAGAUUGAAGCAAACGAAGUUGCUGAUUCAGAACCGGAGGAUAGUUUCCAACAAAGUGGACGGAAAAGACCAGCUCCUAGAGGUAGAGGUAGGGCUCGAGGCACUACAACAGCAAAAAGGGGGAGAAAAACAGAUAUUGCUUCCAUCCAAAGCAUGGUGAUGAGCAAAGAUGAUGAAAGUGAUGAAGAUGACACGCCUAAGAAACCUCCUCCUCGGGUCACCAGGAACUAUGGAGCCAUCAGGAGGAGAUAAUUUUCAGGAAGCACUUGCUUUGGAGAAUUUAGACCUUGGUCUCAGAAUACUGAACUGUUAACCUGGCAGGUGGUCUGUUUCCAGCGAACAACUAGAACGUGAUUACAUAAUCUCGUGUAUACAUGCCCAGGUGUAGUAGUUAGUUUGUACAUGGCAUGCAUAUCAGUCAGUGUGUUACUAACAAUAAUUUUAAGCCGACAGCAUGUACGUGCACUGUGUUUCCAGGUCAAGUCUUGUCACUUACGUUCAUGGCAUCCUACGACCUACGUUAUACAAAUCAUUGAAGUGAA